GUACGAUGGCUGGUACGCAUCCAGAGUCCAGGCCAGGUGUUGGUACGCGUCCAGAGACUAGUGUGCAGCCAGAUGCUGGGGCUGGUAUCCACACAGAGGCUGAUGCAGAUGCUGGUAUGCGUCCAGGGGCUGGUAUCCGUUCAGAGUCCGGACCAGAUGCUGGGGAUGGUAUCCAUCCAGGGGCUGCGCCAGAUGCUGGUAUGCGUCGAGGUCCUGGUAUCCAUCCAGAUACUGGUAUGCGUCGAGGUCCUGGUAUCCGCCCAGAGGUUGGUAUGUUCUAGUCUUAUGAUUUCCAUGUUUAUUUAAUUUCUCGUCAAGUAGAUCUGGAAGAUGAGAAUGGAAACAUCAAUUCCUGCUCAUAUAAAGACUCCUUCCAGUCAGAUUUACCUGCUGUUUGAAUUUUUUAGAGACUAAAGUUAAAGGAAAAAAAUGAUGUUUUGAGACUUCAUCACAGUUUUCUCCAAUGGUACCCCUUCUUAAUAUAUGCCUGCAUUUGUUGCUACAGCUGCAUGCGCAGUCCAGCAUAGAGGUAGCGUGCUUUAAAGUUAACGGAGGGUGCAUGGUUACUAUUGUGAGAUAAUAAUUGUAUCUGGGUCUG